AGACGUUCGGUUCUCCACCCGACAUACUUGCAAUGGUGCAUUAAGCCACGUUGAUGGCAGUGCUGUUUCUGCAUGCGGAUUUUUGCCUCAAGAUAUGAUCGGAAGAAACGUUUUCGAAUUCUAUCACCCUGAAGAUUUGCCAUUGCUUCAAGAAAUAUAUCAAGAAGUUGUUGAGAAGGGCAGAGCUGUGGGUACAUCAUUCAGAAGCAAACCCUACAGAUUUCUAGUUCAAAAUGGUGGUUAUGCAACGGUAGAAACAGAAUGGUCUAGUUUUGUCAACCCUUGGUCAAGGAAGCUUGAAAUAGUUACAGGACUGCACAGAGUUUUAAAGGGUCCACCAACACCAAAUGUUUUUGCAGAAGCACAAAGUAAUCCAACAAGCUGCAUCUCUGAAGAAGUUUUGAAAGAGAGUAAACUAAUUCAACAAGAAAUUCUUCAAUUGUUAAAAGAGGUAAUUGUGAUUCGACGACCUGCUGAGCAUGUUAAGCGCCAGUUUUAUAAACGUUGUCAAGCACUGGCUUCGUACAUGGAAAAUUUAAUAGAUGACGUAGCUCAACCAACAUCCAAGGAAAUUUUACCUCUGAAAGUUGAACCAACGUUUUCAGAACGCGAUUCUGUUAUGUUGGGCGAAAUAUCACCACAUCACGAGUCUUAUGACAGUAAAAGCAGUUUUGAGACACCUCCCAGUUACAAUCAAUUGAACUAUAAUGAGAACAUACAAAGGUUCUUUGAAAGUAAACCAAAAACGUCAUUUGACGAAGCCACAACCGGUAAUAGUCACACUGACACAGAUUUGGAAGGAAAGCAGGAUUCACAAGAUGGUGGUAGUGGUAGCAAUGGAAGUGGCAGCGGAAAUAUAAGUUCUGGAAGCAAUGGUGGUGGAGCAAACACUCAUCCUCAUGGAAGUGUGACAACAAGUGGAGGAGAAGCUUCGCGAACUGGUUCAGGAUCAGGAAAUGGUUCAAGUGUUAAUAGGCCACCUCAGCUAACUAAAGCUAUGCUUGCUCGUCAUAACGAAGAUAUGGCUAAAAUCAUGGUCAGGAAGCAUAGAGAAGCCAGAGGUUCCAGAGCUCAUGAACGCAAGAGUGGUCACAGAAAAGGCGGCGAUAAAAACAAACAAAAUAAAGGUCAAGGACUAAAACGCAGUGGGUCUCAUUCCUGGGAAGCAGAAUUUCACAAUAAAACAGUGAAGCAAAGUCACUUGCCAUCAGUUCCUACAUCUGGUCCCAUGAUGAUGCAACAUAUUAUAAAAACAUCAUCUCCUCUUCAUGCCGGUAUACCAACUUCCUUCACUGGUCUGCAACCUAAUAUAGCAAAUGGUUUCCGAGUUCCAGAUCUACAACAUGAUUUAAGACGCACAAUGCCUUCAUCAAUACUUCACCCAGGACUCCAAAAUAUACCAAGGCCUGUGUUAGCUCCUGAUUUGCAGCACCCAAUAAUACAACCAAUUGUUCCUCCAAACAUACAACAAAAUAAUAGAGGAGUCAUCAACAGUAAUAACUUUAUAUCAGAAGGAAUGUUUGCUCCUAGAAAUCAUAAUGGUCAGUGGCAGCCUUUCAAUGUACCUCUGGCUCCGCAAAAUGGACAAGGACCUAGAACUGCAGGUCCAGCAGUUAUUGAAAACAGUCCACAAAUCGCACCCAACAUGUUUCCGCAAGUGUGCUACAUUCCAACACCGCAGCAAGCGCCAAGGCCAAGUAUUCAGCAACACAGCCCUACAAUAUCACCAUUUGUUCAAUAUUUACCAGGCAUGGUAUAUACCCCGCAUCCUAUAUUCGGACAGCCAAUGCUGUAUCCGCCUUUUACAGUUUACCAUCCAAUGCAAAUUCCUAAUCAAGGAACUUCAGGGCAAAUGCAACAGCAUUAUAACAUCAUUAUUCUCAUGUGCCUUAUUAGUAUAGUUAUUAACCAGAGCAGGUAAUGUGUGAAUAUUCCGCCGGACAAGCCGACUGGCGCUUUCAAGGGCGGCGGAGGGGCUAGCACGCGCAACGAAGGAGUGCGUAGCCCUAAAGUCGUCCGUCCA